AUGGCCUCAUCUGACGCUCAAGGGCAAAGAGUGGCUGUUAUCGGAGGUGGUUUGGUUGGAGCAUUGAAUGCAUGCUUUCUUGCAAAGAGGAAUUUUCAAGUUGAUGUGUAUGAAGCUAGAGAAGAUAUUCGAGUGGCUGAGUUUACACGUGGAAGAAGCAUUAACUUGGCCCUUUCUUAUAGAGGACGGCAGGCCUUGAAGGCCGUUGGUCUGGAAGAUCAGGUUGUCUCCAAAGGUGUGCCUAUGAGAGCGAGAAUGAUCCACUCUCUCUCAGGAAAGAAGUCUGCAAUUCCCUAUGGGAAUAAGUCUCAGUAUAUCCUUUCCAUUAGCAGAGAAAAGUUAAACAAGGAUCUACUGACUGCGGUGGAGUCCUACCCCAAUGCAAAGGUGCACUUUGGCCACAAGCUGUCGAAAUGCCGUCCUGAGGAAGGGGUGGUCACCGUGCUUGGACCUGACAAAGUCCCCAGAGAUGUCACCUGUGACCUCAUUGUCGGCUGUGAUGGAGCCUAUUCAACUGUCAGAGCUCACCUCAUGAAGAAGCCCCGCUUUGAUUACAGUCAGCAGUACAUCCCUCAUGGGUACAUGGAGUUGACAAUUCCACCCAAGAAUGGGGAGUAUGCCAUGGAACCUAAUUUUCUUCAUAUCUGGCCAAGAAAUGCCUUUAUGAUGAUUGCCCUUCCCAAUAUGGACAAAUCUUUUACAUGCACCUUGUUCAUGCCCUUCGAAGAGUUUGAAAAACUCCUGACAAGUGAUGAUGUGCUGGACUUCUUCCAGAGAAACUUUCCAGAUGCUAUCCCUCUGAUGGGAGAACAAGGCCUCAUGAGAGACUUCUUCCUGCUGCCUGCCCAGCCCAUGAUAUCAGUGAAGUGUUCCCCCUUCCACCUGAAGUCACACUGUGUGCUGAUGGGAGAUGCAGCUCAUGCCAUUGUCCCAUUUUUUGGGCAAGGAAUGAAUGCGGGCUUUGAAGACUGCUUGGUAUUUGAUGAGUUAAUGGACAAAUUCAAUAACGAUCUUAGUGUGUGCCUUCCUGAAUUCUCAAGAUUUAGGAUUCCAGAUGACCAUGCAAUUUCAGACCUGUCUAUGUACAAUUAUAUAGAGAUGCGAGCACAUGUCAACUCUAGGUGGUUCCUGUUUCAAAGGAUCCUAGAUAAAUUUCUUCAUGCUAUUAUGCCAUCUACCUUUAUCCCUCUCUAUACCAUGGUCGCCUUCACCAGAAUAAGAUACCACGAGGCAGUGCUGCGCUGGCAUUGGCAAAAAAAGGUGAUAAACAAAGGACUCUUCGGCCUUGGAUCCCUGAUAGCCAUUGGAAGUGCCUACCUACUUGUGCAGCACAUGCCCCUGAGACCUCUGGGAUUCUUGAGAAGGCUGCCAUGGACUGGAACCACAGGAUACUGGAAUAGGAACCCAAGUGUCUUCUGGCAAGUUCCAUGGAGUCACUAGGAAAAAUUCCCCAUUUCACCAACCAAAGCAUCAAGGUUCCGGGUAAAAAAUGCUUGACUACUCUCCAAAAUCAAGGACCAAAUGCAUGUUUCCAUUGGCACAUUUAAUUCACUACUGGAAAAUAAUUGUCAGCAUAUAACCAAGUUCCACGUAGAAUUUCUGUGUGUUUGUCAGCUGAACGAGGGGAGAUGCCGUUGCUGUUUUUGUAGUGUUUCCAUCCCUUUGCAUGCUUGGGCUGG